CGCAGCGGAAAGGCGCUGAAUCACAGGCGCGCGCUUUCCCAGCGCUAGCUGAAGCUGCAGCCGGGGUCAGGCAGGGGCCCUCCCAUUGCAUCCUUACUAGACCGGUGCUGACCCUGGCAGGCCUGGCUGGCCCGGUGCAGAGGAGCGGUGGCCACCAUCACUGUCGCUGCUGGAGGUAUCUUUGGGUACUACCAACCCAGGACCACCGGAAAUUGAGUUCUUGAGGCCAAAACUGGCUCCAAAGAAACAUCAAACAAAGCCUGCACCAAAGGCCUCUCAGGGCCAUCUUAGAAGCCGUGUGCGAGGCCGAAUGGCGCCCCCUACAGCUGUGAUCUCCUUGUUGCUGCUGCUGCUGCUCUUUACAGGUUGUGCCCGUAUGCAGUGUAGUGAGGGGAAGACUUAUUCCAAUGCAAUCAUUUCACCAAACUUGGAAACUAACAAAAUCAUGCCGGUGCCUCAGACCACCCCCGUGGUGGACUGCACGUCGGCGUGCUGUGACCUGUCCAGCUGUGACCUGGCCUGGUGGUUUGAGGGCCGCUGCUACCUGGUGAGCUGCCCCCGCAAGGAGAGCUGUGAGCCCAAGAAGAUGGGCUCCAUCAGGUCCUACCUCACCUUUGUGCUCAGGCCCGCCCAGAGGCCCACACAGCUGCUGGACUACGGGGAGGUGGUGCUGAACAGGGGUUCUCCAUCGGGAGUCUGGGGGGACUCACCUGAGGAUAUCAGAAAGGACUUGCCCUUUCUAGGCAACGGUCGGGGCCUGGAGGAGAUGUCUGAGUACUCGGAGGACUACCGGGAGCUGGAGCAGAACCUCUUCCAGCCUGUCAGCAAGCAGGCGCCCCGAGGGAGCGCAGAGUACACGGACUGGGGCUUGCUGCCCGGUGGUGGUGGUGGUGGUGGUGGUGGUGGUGGCGGUGGGGGAGGCUUCAACUCCUCUGCUGGAGAGAGCCCAGCAGCAUUGGCGGAGAAGCAGCAGGAGGAUCCAGAGCUCCAUAAACUGAAUGAGUCGGCGUGGACACCGGCCCCAGAACGCGCCCCAGGGAGAGGGUUGUUGCUUCCCUUGAUCACGACUCCAUCUUCAGGAGAGGAACUGGAGAAAGAGACUUUUCAGCUCCGGGAGCAACCCAGCAACAGCUCUGGAAAAGAGGUUCUAAUGCCUUCCCAUAAUCCUCCUCCAGCCAGCCCGGAGUUCAGCCCAGCCACCAUGGAGGAAAACUCAGUUCUCACAGUCACCCCCUGGAACACAGAGCAGAGCAUUUCAACCCUUCCCACUAGCACCAUCCCCACUGAGUCCACCCCAUCUGAGCAACCUGUAUCUGCUCCCACUGUUCCCAGGACAGUGAAAGAACUCAUGGUGUCGGCUGGCGAAAACCUAAUAGUAACUUCACCGGAAAAUGAAGUUGAACUGAAGGCCUUUGUUGUGCCAGCGCCACCUGCAGGAACAACCUACAGCUAUGAAUGGAGUUUAAUAAGCCACCCUGAAGACUACCAAGGUGAAAUAAAACAAAGACACAUGCAAACUCUUAAUCUCUCUCAAUUGUCAGUCGGACUUUAUGCCUUCAGAGUAGCGGUUUCUGGUGAAAAUGCCUUUGGAGAGGGAUUUGUAAAUGUCAGCGUUGAGCCAGCCGCAAGAGUCAACCUGCCACCCACGGCCGUUGCUUCUCCCGAGAGACAAGAGCUCACUCUGCCUUUGACGUCAGCCCUCAUUGAUGGCAGCCAAAGUACAGAUGAUACUAAAAUAGUGAGCUAUCACUGGGAGGAAAUUACCGGGCCCUUCCUCGAAGAGAAGACCUCGGCUGACUCCCCCAUCUUACAUUUGUCGAAUCUUGUUCCUGGAAACUAUACCUUCAGGUUGACUGUUACAGACUCAGAUGGAGCCACUAACUCUACAACGGCAGCCCUAGUAGUCAACAGUGCUGUGGACCAUCCACCAGUUGCCAACGCGGGACCAAAUCAGACUAUAACUUUACCUCAAAACUCCAUCACUUUGAAUGGAAACCAGAGCAGUGAUGAUCACCAGAUUGUCCUCUAUGAGUGGUCCCAGGGCCCUGGGAGUGAGAGUAAAGAGGUGACCAUGCAGGGAGUAGAGACACCAUACCUUCAUUUGUCAUCACUGGAGGCAGGAGAGUAUACAUUUCAGCUGAUGGUGACAGAUUCUUCAAGGCAACAAUCCACAGCUGUGGUCACUGUGACUGUCCAGCCUGAAGACAACAGGCCUCCAGUGGCGGUGGCCGGCCCGGAUGAGGAGCUGGUCUUCCCAGUGGAGCGCACAACCCUGGAUGGGAGCAGGAGCAGUGAUGACCACGGCAUUGUUUUCUACCACUGGGAGCAUGUCAGAGGCCCCAGCACGGUGGAGAUGGAGAACGUGGACAAAGCUAUAGCCACUGUAAGCGGUCUUCAGGUGGGUACCUACCACUUCCGUUUAACAGUGAAAGACCAGCAGGGACUGAGCAGCACGACCACCCUCACCGUGGCCGUGAAGAAGGAAAAUAAUAGUCCUCCCAGAGCCCAGGCUGGUGGCAGACAUGUUCUUGUGCUUCCCAAUAACUCCAUUACUUUGGAUGGUUCAAGGUCUACUGAUGACCAAGGAGUUGUGUCCUAUCUGUGGAUCCGGGAUGGCCAGAGUCCAGCUGCUGGAGAUGUCAUCGAUGACUCUGACCGCAGCGCAGCGCUGCAGCUCACCAACCUGGUGGAGGGGGUCUACACUUUCCGCCUGCGGGUCACUGACAGUCAGGGGGCCUCGGACACGGACACCACCACGGUGGAAGUGCGGCCAGACCCUAGGAAGAGCGGCCUGGUGGAGCUGAUCCUGCAGGUCGGUGUUGGGCAGCUGACAGAGCAGCAGAAGGACACCCUCGUGAGGCAGCUGGCAGUGCUGCUAAAUGUGCUGGACUCGGACAUUAAGGUUCAGAAGAUCCAGGCCCACUCAGAUCUCAGCACCGUGGUCGUGUUUUAUGUGCAGACUGGGCCACCUUUCAAGGUCCUCAAAGCUGCUGAAGUGGCCCGAAAUCUGCACAGGCGGCUCUCAAAGGAAAAGGCUGAUUUCUUGCUUUUCAAAGUCUUGAGGAUUGACACAGUUGGGUGCCUUCUGAAGUGUUCCGGGCAUGGUCACUGUGACCCCAUCACAAAGCGUUGCAUUUGCUCUCAGUUGUGGAUGGAGAACUUCAUCCAGCGUUACAUCCGGGAUGGGGAGAGCAACUGCGAGUGGAGUGUGUUCUAUGUGAUGAUCCUGGCGUUCACUCUCGUGGUGCUAACAGGGGGUUUAACGUGGCUUUGCGUCCGCUGCUGCAGGAGACGAAAAAGGACUAAAAUAAGGAAAAAAACAAAGUACACCAUCCUGGAUAACAUGGAUGAUCAGGAAAGGAUGGAGCUGAGGCCCAAAUAUGGUAUUAAGCACCGAAGCACAGAACACAACUCCAGCCUGAUGGUGUCCGAGUCUGAGUUUGACAGUGAUCAGGACACAAUCUUCAGCCGAGACAGGAUGGAGCGAGGGAAUCCAAAGGUUUCCAUGAAUGGCUCCAUCAGAAAUGGAGCUUCCUUCAGCUAUUGCUCAAAGGACAGAUAAUGGAGCGGUGGUGAAACGGAAGGACGCCCACAGGAAUCCUUCAAUCCAGGACAGUCAACGGGAGUUCAAAAUCCAAAACUAACUCUUGUUAGAAUAGCGCGUUCAUGUCCCUUCACACUGGGCUGGAGGUGUGUCCCGGUAUUUUAAAACGCCUGUCUUCUUGGGGUUUUUGAGACACAGAACAAAACAAAAACAUUGCUCUUUUCAUUGAGAUACUCGUUAAUAGGAAUAAAGGUUAGGAGGUAAGAUGCUAGUUAUACAAGUAAAAGAGUUCUGUGUUUUUGCAGCUGGCGCAGUGUUAUAUUCCUCUUUUAGGGUAAAAAUUAAUGCCUGUUUCUAUCUGCAGACCCUUAGGGAAGGGGAGUUAGAUGUGGAUGUAAAGAGGGCUGAUUUCUCUUAGGAGCUGUGAUUGCCUUUAAAGACGACUUGCCGAGUGUGGUUUCUGUCGUAGGACCCUUUGAGUCCGAGGGCUGUGUGUAUUAAGAUCAUUUAUAUGAGGUAUGAUUUGUCCUCUAUCCAGUCUUUUCUGUACUGAAAAGACACCUGUACAGAGCCAAGCUGUCCUGUUCUCACUACUUUGCUACUGCCAACCAUCUGUGCUCUCUACACCUGUACAGAGCCAAGCUGUCCUGUUCUCACUACUUUGCUACUGCCAACCAUCUGUGCUCUCUGCAGAGAGCAGCUCUUGUAAGUUUAAGAGCUAAAUAAGAAUUGUAUUCUGAGGACCAGAGGCAAUAGAAAGGGAGAUGGGAUGUCCUGACUUAUAAGUGGAAAGUUGAAGGUAGCAGUUUAACAUAUUUUACUUUUUCUUGCUUCAAGAGAAGUAGACUUCACAGAGGCCUCUCUCAGCCUCAAUUUUCAUGAAACACAAGAAAACUGAUUCUUAAUUCAUUAGACAUUUAUUAUGUGCUACAGGCCAUGCAUUUGGACCUCCAUCAACAGGAAAAUAAAGACUUAGCAAUUUUGUCAUCUAUACAGUCGGCCCUCCGUAUCCGUAGAUGGGGGACCUGCAGGGAUGUGGGGCCCGUGGAUGCAGAGAUGGGGAGGUAGGGGCGGGUAGACUGUAUUCCCAAACUUGGAAAUGCCAUCAGUCUUAAUGAGGAUGGUAUGCUUAUGAUACUCGGCCCCUACAUUCCCUAAUAACUUGACAUAGACAUAGACAUUCACUUCAGUUGUUUAAAAAUAUGCUUAUUAAAUCAUUUUUCUACUAAAUAUCUUAUUUUACAUAUACAGGAAAAAAUCCCCAAAUGCAAAGCAGCAUCCAACAGCGAUGAACUGGAGUUAAUUACAGCCUGACAAGCCUGAGGCUGGGGGCCCUUGGCAUGCUUUGUGGGGAGCUUAGAAUGAGAGGUGGGGCCCAUCACAGACAGAGCCAGUGUUGUGACAUCAAGCAGGACCACACCUAAGCAAUAUUCUGUUGCACAAGCUUCUGUCACACAAGGAGAAGACUAGGAUUGCUUUGUUGUGAUUAGGUGGAGAAGCAAGGAGGUUGAACCAUCAGGUUUAAAUCCUCAGGACAGGACAAGAGAGAAAAUAGUUCCCAUGGGCCACUGAAAAAAAAAUUAAGCUUUUAGGUGCUUUUGUUCUCGCUGCUAAUAUUCAUCUUGAUGAGACCAUCUUACUUUUAAUAAUUCUACUUUGUGGAGAAUGGCAGAAGUAAAAAGCCUAGGAGUUCAAUACUAUCAAUGGUGUUGGGAGGAAAAUACGAUGCUUUUUUCACCAAUAUUUAACUUCAUAGACUUACAAUUUGCCCUUUCCAGUGGCCAGGGUUGUUAUUUUUGUGUACAACUGGAAAUUUCUGGCAUAAAGGAUGGCAGCCCACAUAUGAGGUCGGCAGAGAACAGUGAUGGAGAAGGGGGGGGUGAUCAUGUGUUAAGUACUAUGUACAUAUGUAUUUUACAUACUCAAUUGAUCCAUAUAGUCAACCUUGAAAAGUAGAUAUUAUUCUCAUGUGGCAUGUGAUGAUCUGAAGGCCCAGAGUAUAAGUAACUUGCUCACAGUUACAGCCAAUUAGCAGGGCAUUUAGGAAUCAAAUGUACAUUUUUGAAGCUACAAAGUCCAGGCUUUCCCCUCUCCUCCCCUACCUACACAAAUAACCCCCACCCCCAUCUGUUGGAUGAAAAAUUCUGGUGGACUUUUCAGACCACUUGUAAGUUCUGUUCCUAAGAUCAAGGAUUCCCUUUGUGAAGAGGGCAAAAGACCAAGGCAGAGGAGCCUCCCUCAGCUCCCCUGCUGGGUCACUCCCAGGCCACCCUAUAGGUUGCCAAGUGUUGCUUCUGCCCUUGUCCCCCAGCCCGGCCGGUCUAAUCCUUCUACCACAGCUAGACCUUGAAUCUAGGGUGGUCAAAAAAAACACCAUACCAGUGAUCAGAAAGUGGGGCCUCUCCUGUUACCCCACUUACCACCAGAGCAUGAGGUCGACCAGAGGCCAGUAUUCUUUUUUUUUUUUGGAAUGAAGAAACUAUUUGGCACUGGUAGAAAAGACAUUGGCCGGCUCCGAACACAGAGAUCUUCUGCGGACCAAGGCGGGGACAGCUCGCCAGUAUUCUUCUCUUGUGCAUUUUCCAUUAAGGGCUUUGGGAAGAGGAAGCUCUCCAGGAGCUUUGGAUAGAUGAGAAAAGCAGGGCUGGGAGAGGGUGUUGGUAGGGCCUGCAGGUUAAUAAAACUCUUAGUUGCUGGUUAAAACUCGAAGGAGCACUCAAACCAUGGUACGAAGAGGCCAAGCACCUUUAUGACUGAAGAACCUGCUGACCAACACGCAGUUGGUAAGAAGACGUACCAGGCGUCCUGCCACUGCUGCCACCUGUGUGGGCGGGGAGGAGGGUGAGUCCUGUUCUUUGUGUGUGUGAGGCCAAACCAUCAUGGAUUUUGGCUUGAGUCUUCGUCUCAUUUUUUUAAUGUUAUCUUUCCCCCAUGUAUUGACAAGGGAUCAUUUCUAGCAUAACACUAUUAAACCUAUGUGCUGACCUACAUGAA